AUGUCAGCCGCGGUACAGGUUGACACAUUGACAGUUACCGGUUUGGCGGAAGCUGCGUUUCUGCCGCUACUCGGCUUCUGAUAGUAGAAAUUCAGAUUCUGCGGUAAAACUUAUAUGGUUUCCGAUUUAGUAACCCUACUUUUAGGUGAAUUAGGUCCGAAGAUUUUUUGAUCUAUAUGUCCACUGAAAAACUUCUGAGGGAGAAUCGUUGCUGAAGCAUUAACUUUAAUUUUCAAUUUCGAAAAGAGUUUUCACUAAUGGAGAGUAGAGAGAAAAAGGUUUACAUAGUCAGAAACAAAAAAGUGUUUGUUAAGCUAUUAUGCUAAAAAUAUAGAGAUCGUACAUGUAUUCCAAAAAAAAUUUUUUUUUUUCUAAGUUUUUUUCUAAGUUAAAAAAACGUUCUUCAUUCAGUUAAGAAUAAAGCGUAGUAAAGCUUCACAGAAAAAGAAACUGACAAUUCCUCUUUUUAUUAUAACUUUUUAUUUUUACUAUGAAGCUCAAGUAAAUUAAUGAAGGCUAUUCUGAAAAAGAUGCAAAAAAAAUUUCGAGACCUUUCGGUCCAUAAAGAAAAAAAAUGGACUUCCAUGCCUUCCUUCACGAAGAUAAUGCUCAUGACGAGAAGGUCACUGGCAGAAUCUAGUUUCUUCUUAUUUUUCAUUUUUGCGGUUCUUUUUUAGAAAAAUGUUGUGAAAAAAUUUAUCCAGGUGAGCAAUGGGAAAAAACAUCCACCAACAAUCAAUAAUGAAUUUAGCUUUUCAGCGAUCGGCGUUAAUGAUGAUGGAGCCGCCGAGGGCACGGAACCGCUCAUUCGGUCGUUCGGGGAUCCUGAUGAACCCGUCGUUCGGAAUGUUGUCGUUGACGCUGUUCUCAACGUGGCUCUGGACGUCAUCGCGGACGCUGUUGUUGUCGAUGUGCGUGCUGUUCUGAACGUCGUUGUUGACGUUGUUCUGCCCAUCGUCAUGAACGUUGUCAGACACGUCGAUAUUGACGUUGUCUCCAUCUUGGCGAUCGUUGUUUUCGGGAACGACGACAUCGGUGCCGAUGACCCUGCGCGAUCUGAUCGCGGAUUUGAUGAGCUUCUGAGCCUCAGUGUACAAAACGAAUGUAAAUCCUGA